AUGGCAGAGGGCACUGUGCAGUUUGACGUUCCCGGCCUCUCCAAGCCUUGCCAUACCUGGUACAAGAUCGUCGGUGAUCUCGAAUCAUCUGCCCCUCCUUUAGUUGUGCUACACGGAGGACCCGGAGCAUGCCACGACUACCUCCUGCCAUUGGCAGAUCUUUCAUCCUCUAGGCCGCUCGUCUUUUACGACCAAAUCGGAAACGGGCGCUCGACCCAUCUACCGGAGAAAAAUGGCGACGAAGCCUUUUGGUCCGUGGAUUUGUUCAAGAAUGAGCUCAACAAUCUCAUCACUAAGCUGAGGCUCAAUUCUCGACCGUUUGAUGUCUAUGGACAUUCGUGGCGCGGCAUGCUUGCUGCAGAGUGGGCGUCAACGCCGACGAGUUCGGGGAACCUCCGACGCCUAGUCCUCUCCAACAGUCUGGCUAGUAUGGAUACGUGGCGAGAAGGUAUCAACACCCUGAGAAAGCAACUCCCCAAGGACGUCCAGGAAACUCUUGACUGCGCAGAAGAGAAGGAGGAGUUUGAGACCCCGGAAUACGAGGCAGCCAUGGAAUUCUUCUACAGGCAGCAUUUCAGCCUUGCAAGGCCAUGGCCGGCGCCGGAGGUUCAGGCUGCUCUCGAUUGGUUCGCUAAAGACUCUACGACGUACGGCACCAUGUACGGCCCAAGCGAGUUGUACAUCUCUGGCUCCCUUCGCGACUGGACUUGUAUUCCGUUGCUGCACAAAAUUCAGGUACCAACACUCUUGAUCAAUGGAGUACAAGACGAAGCACAGGAUGUGACGAUGCAGCCAUUCUUCGACGAGAUCAAGAAGGUCAAAUGGAUCAAGUUGGAUAAUGCUGCUCAUUUCUCACAUGUCGAUCAACGGGAGGCGUAUAUGAAGCAUCUAGGGUCAUUUCUGGCGGCAUAA